UGCUCAGAUGAAUACGUCAACGUCUUCCGGUUACUCUGGUUUGAGUUCCCCUGUUAUGAAGUCAAUGGCUGAGGAGUAUCUUUCUGAUAUUUCCUUCAGUACAAUUGGAGCAUUAACCGGAAUAUCAGAAGAAAAGUUUGUUAUUAUACUUGGAACAAUUAAAAGCUUUGCUUCAGAAGACUCAUGGUUUUACAAUGCAUGUAAAACUUGCAACAAAAAGGUUUUUACCAACACUAUUUCCAAGGCCAAGGAAGAUGGUAGCGAAGGAUAUGAUGAAAUAACUGUCUUGGAAUGCCAAACUGAUCGGUGCAAUAAAAGGACAGUUGUCUCUGUUCCCAGGAUAAAACUGCUUAUUCGUGUUCAGGAUUGUACCGGGAUUGUUACUUUGACGUUGUUUGAACGUGAAGUUGUUAAACUCCUAAAUGUUAACGCAAACCAACUUUUGGAUAAUAACAUGGAGUUAGCAAGCGAAGGCAAUUUUCCGAGUGAGCUGAGGGCAUUGAUAAACAGGAGGUUUGCGUUUAAGAUAGCCAUAGCUUCGUUUAAUAUAAAUAAGAAAUUAGAUGGCUACUCUGUUUCGAAGUUGACCGAAAAUCCUUCUAUCAUCAAAGAUCUUGAUGCUCAUUUUGAUGUUUACCAGGUUCUAUAUGUACCCUACACGUUAACUUAAAUUUUUUGUUAUAGAAAUCUUUUGUACCACUUAUGAAUAAGUAUUGUUGUUUAUGAAUGCA